UGUUAGAUGGUCCACUUGAUGCGUCAAACACUGGAUUUUGGCGAUUUAUCUUCACAUUUCCAGAGAUCAUUUUUUCAUAUUUCUUAAUAUAUUUAAUAUAUCUUAACAAUGUUCGCAUGCCUUUUGUAAUAGGAUGAAAGAAUGAGUUAGGUGGGUUAAGGAAUCUGACUGGCUCCAAAACAGUAAGCACACAUGCUCCAUAAAAGUGUGUAUAAGAGUGUAUACCUACAGACUGUACUGUACCUAAAUGACUAGAACAGGUAAACUACCUGACCUACCUAGCCAGGAGAGACUGAGUCACAUGACCGGAAGUAGUCCGAGCAGAGAUCAGGAACUGAGGGGAAGUGAGUGUCCGUCAAGAUGUGUGGCGGUGAGAUGCUGCUGGUAACAGCAUGGCGACAACAAGAUCAGUCUUCCGGGCGGCUGUGUUACUUGACCCAGCGAGCGGUGAGGAGUUCUGUGAGCUGUUGUAGAGGAGGACUCUUCUGGUCUCCAGGUCUCCCUGCUCUCGCAUGUCUCCGUACAAACUGAGCUCCAGGGGAGCUGCGGGCCAGGCGGCUCUGGGCUGUGUCCUGGGGGCCGUGGGGGGCUGUGUCCUGGGGGCCACAGAGGGCCCAGCAGACGAGGCCCUGGCGGAGAUGAUGUCUGGAGCCCUGCUGAAGCCUGUGUCAGAGGGGGCCCGGGCUGUGGGGCCCCUGGGACUGGGGACCCUCCUGGGGGCGUGUGCGCUGACCUGCUCCAUGACCUCCGUGGUAACAGGGGUGAUCCUGGCUGCAGCGCUGGCCUCCAUCCUCCUGGCUGCCUCCCCCAGGCCCGGAGGAGCCCCCUGCAGGGGCAGCACCGGGGUGUGGGUUGCAGCAGGGCUGGCCGGGGCGUUUGGAGCCAGCGCCUGCGGAGCCACCCUGGGAGUGGUCAUCCAGACCGUCACCAGGCACUCAGGCGUGGUGGGGCUGAUCUGGGCCCUCAGCCUGUUCACCGCACUCAAGCCAGCCCUGCAGCUCUUCCUCAAGCUCGCCUGGGCACACGCAGAGGACAGCUGCUACAGCCAGAGGACCGGGGGGCUAGCCUGGGAGAGAGAGAGGAGGGAAAGGGAGGAGAGGAGGGAGGGGGAGGAGAGGAGGGAGAGGGAGGAGAGGAGGGAGAGAGUCACAGUGGAGAUAGAGCAGAGGAUCAUCACUCUGGAGAGGGGAAAGGGUCUGGAGGAGGGAGCAGACAGGGAGGCCCAGCACAGGGAGAGGGAGGAGGAGAGAGAGAGGAGGGCGAGGCUGGAGGAGGACUCAGGGGAGACAAGCCUGCAGGACGCCAUCAGCAACAUGGUGGUGAAGUAUGUGGACUUCCUGGCGUUCUCAGGGAUUCCGAUGACCGUGACUGCUGUGGUUAGCGCAGGCUUCGGCGUGUUGGGAUUUGGGGACUACAGCUUUGUGUUUGUGGUUCUCCUGGCUCUGGUGCUGCUGGCCUCCUUUGUGCUGCUAAGGCCCUCCCAGGCCAGCCUCUCAAUAGGGUCCAACUUGACCUCUAGGGGCCUGAGGAAAGAGGCCAGCCUCUGGAGGCUGGCAGGCUGCAUGGGCAUGUACGCCUCCUUCACCAUCGCAGUGCUCACCGUGCACGCAGGGCAGGAAGUGGCCUCCGACGCCAACAGGAAGCGUGCGGCGGGCAUGGCCAUGUCGAGGGAGGACGUCAGCGCACGGAUGAACCACGCGGCCUCGCUACAGGCCCUGGGGGCUGUGGUGUUCACAGCCAGGCUCUGUCAGCUGGCCCUGGGGGCUAUGGUGGGUGGGGACCUGGCCCGACAGGGGGCCGGGAAGGGGAGGGUGGUCAUGGGGGCGGUGGGGGCGGCAGGCCUCCUCCUGGUGCUGGUGGCGGCGUCAGGCCCCGUGUUGGGCCAGGGGAGCAGGGUAGGUGCCCUGCUGGGGGCCGUGGGGGCCGCGGGGGUGGCUGCAGGAGCCCUGGCUGCAGGGGGCCACACCUGGGCAAGUGCCAUGGGCACGGUGGGGGGGGCGAUGGUGGGGGUGGUGGCCGUGGGGAAGUGGCAUUUUGUCAACAUCGGACUUCAGCUGCCCCUGGUUUACAUCUUUGCUAUGACCAAGCUAUUCUGAUCAGCCGUGGUUUUUCACUUUCCAUGUGUUUUAUUUGGGGAUGUUUUGUUCAAAGACAGAAACUGUAGUUUUCAGAACAUGGGUUUUAUAGACAGUUUAUAACUGAGUAGAUCAGCGUUCCAUACAUGUGUAUACAACUAACUGUGACAUGUGAAGAUUUGGUUAUGUACAAUCCUUAUUCUUGUUUAUCUAACAAUUAAAAAAAUAUAUAUAUAUAUAUUGCUUUG